UUCGUAGGCACGUAGCCAUCUACACGCACCGUUCUAGGCAUCAAGGACCAUGCGUCCAUGCCAAUACAUGCAUGUGCAGUCGGUUAAUUGCUUGCUUGAGGCCUGAGGGCCCUGUGUUGGUGUUGCUGGCGUUCUUGAGCCCAGGCCGCACAGACGACAGCGCCAGCUUGCGUGCGAGUGCGACGCUGAUCAGAAGCAUACCAUGAGGCAGGCAAGCCGCCCCGGGGACGUCAACCCUGCCGCUGCCGGCCAGGGGGAGGAGGCGGCCGCCACGGGCCAAGUCACCAUCGGCCAGGCUCUGCGAGCGGUGGCGCUGUCCCCAGCCGGAGACAGGCCGGUGGACCGCGCUGACGCGGCGGCGGUGCAGGCCGCGGAGGCGAGCGCGACGGGGCAGGGCGGCGGAGCCGUCAUCCCCGGCGGCGUCGCGGCCGCGGCGCAGCGAGCUGCGGAGACGAACGCGAGGAGGCCACCGGAAGCGCGCGGCGGCGAGCAUGGAAAGGCGGUGACGCUGAGGGACGUGCUGGGCGACGCCUCGGCCGCCGCGGUGCUGGGCGACAGGGCGGUCACGUGGGUGGACGCCGAGAGAGUCGCGGCCGCCUCGGGGAGGGAGGGCGGCGGCAUGGGCGAGGUCGCCGACGCGCUGGCGGCGGCUGCGCAGAUGAACGAGGGGUCAACGCUGUAACGCUGCAUUGCCGCGAUUGCUUUGCUUCGUUGUUGGUCCUUUACUGCCAGAAAAAAAAAACGCUUUGCAUGCAAUUAAAGGGCGCUACCCGCUAGGACUGGACGAAA